GGAGCGGAGGCUGUGCUGCGGUGUUAGCUCUGUGCGUCUGUAGUGUGUGUGUACGCGCGUGUGUGCGCGCUUUACCGGAGCCUUAAAGCGGACAGAGCGCACUGAAACAUGGCACAAGUGAAGCUGAAGGAAGAGCCAGAGCUGUGGGAGCCGAACGACGUGAACAACAGAGGGAUGGAUCUGACCUUCAGAAACCCGGAGUUUAGAGGUGUUCAGACCGCUGAGCCUGACCCUAGUUUGUUGCACAUUAAAGAGGAACCUGUGGAGCAGGGGAUUCACCAAGAGAGGGCGCUAGAAAGCCCAGUCAUAUGUGUCAUCAUCAAAAGAGAAGAGGAGGAGGAGGAGAGAGAUGAAGAGGGAGAGAAGAAAAGACCAGACCUGAGACCAGACUUCGAGACAGACCUAGACCUAGACCAGUCUCUGGAGGACGAGUAUUUUAACUCUUCAUUUGGUUCAAGUCCAACUGUACCUGAGCUGCUGGAGUCGGAGCAGCACCUGUCUGCACCUGUUGUGAAGAAAAGAGGGCAGGCGCGACCGCACAAAUGCCCCGAGUGCGGGAAGGCCUUUCAGUAUAUGGCCACCGUGAGGCGCCACUUACUAACGCACACAGGAGAGAAACCAUUCAGCUGUUCCCUCUGUGCUAAAACAUUUACCCAAGAAACCAACCUGAAAACACACAUGAGGAUCCACACAGGCGAGAGACCCUUCAGCUGUUCACUCUGUGAGAAGACCUUCACAGACCGAAGCACGCUGAAGUCUCACACCAGGGUGCACACCGGGGAGAGACCUUUCAACUGUCCAGUCUGUAACAAAUGUUUCUCACGCUCUAAUCAUCUGAAGGUGCACAUGAUCAGCCAUGCAGGACAGGGACCUUUCAGCUGUUCAGAAUGUGGGCAGGAAUUUGCCGACAACACGCUUCUACACCGACAUUUACCCAUUCACAACAAAGAGAAACCUUUCAGCUGUCCAGUUUGCAGCAAAGCGUUUUCGCGGCAGGACCACCUAAAGUCACACAUCUCCACACACUCUGGACUCAAACCUUUCAGCUGUCCCUUUUGUGAGAAAUCCUUUUCACGACAGACUCAUCUGAACUCACACAUGCUGAUUCAUGUGGGCGACAAACCUUUCAGCUGUCCCGUCUGUGAGAAAAAGUUUUUACGGAAAUGUCAAGUGAAAAGUCACAUGAUUGUCCACACAGAGGCGCUGUCCUGUCCGGAGAGGGUUCUUCAGAGCAGCCCUAGUGAAUAGGCCAUGUUACUAUUGACCUUAGGUUAAUGUUAGGCUGCUCCAGGACUGAGUGGGAGCACUAUGGCCUGGAGUUUGCAUGUUCUCCCUGGGUCUGGGGGUGUUCCUUUGGAGUCUGUUCCUCUUCUACAUAAAACAUGCACCAGAGGCCAUUCUUCUGACUAGUGCUGACAUCUAGAGUUUGGAAGUCAGAAAUGUGGAUUUAAGUAAGAGGAACGUCAUUACACAAUUCUUAUAUCAAAUAUUAUUACUGAAGCAGAAGUGGCCUAAAUAAUUAUUCAAGUAAGAAUAAAAAAUGAAUUUGAGGAAUGUGAGGACUGAGAGUUUGGCUGUAAAAUGUAUUUAAAAUCUGAUUUAUUAGUUAAAUAUUGAGUCAAAUAUUAAAAUUUGACCUAUUGUAGUCAGAAGUAAAUCAUAUUUAAAACACAAGUGUUCAGGUCGUUUCAUAUUGUCAACUAACUUUUUGUCACUUGACACUGUACAAUGUUCAAUGAGAGUAAAAGUAUGGGGUCUGGAAAACUACCAUUUCCUUCCAAAAGAGUAAAUGUAACUAAGUACUGCCCACCUCUGCUCACACCUGCACUCUACUCUCAACAGGUCUAACCCAGAGAAACUAAAUGAUGGGUCAAAUGCAGAGGGUUAAACAAAUCUGUGGUUUGGAUUUUGGUCCUUGCAUUUUGAAGUUGCACAGAGACGGACAAGGACAAAAAUAACUGCUUCUAACUUUCUAAAACUAUGAUGACUGUAAUGAUGUGAAAAUGUGACAGAAUAUAACUUGUAUGAAUUCUGAAUGAACAGGCCAAUGUUGCUCUGUUCAGAUUAUUCAAAUACACACUGUGUCCUACAGUUUUUUUUUUCAGAUCUUGUGGUUGAAACAUUUUUAUAG